UUAGAGCUUAGCACACAGCCAACGUGGAUUGGUCCGUACGGCCUGUCCUUCCGCGGAAGCAGAGGCAGCAGGGUGCUCGGAGUAGCAGACAUGAAUUCCCUGGAACAGGCCGAAGACCUGAAGGCCUUUGAGAGAAGACUGACAGAGUAUGUCUCUUGUUUGCAACCUGCAACAGGCAGGUGGAGAAUGAUUCUGAUAGUGGUGUCUGUUUGCACGGCUACUGGGGCUUGGAACUGGUUAAUAGACCCAGACACACAGAAGGUUUCAUUCUUUUCAUCACUGUGGAAUCAUCCCUUCUUCACCAUCAGCUGCAUCACUCUAAUAGCUCUCUUCUUUGCGGGGAUACACAAACGAGUUGUGGCACCGUCAAUUAUCGCUGCUCGCUGUCGGACAGUUUUAGCAGAAUACAACAUGUCCUGUGAUGACACGGGGAAACUUAUUCUCAAACCACGACCAAACAUCCAAUAACCACCAGCUUGUGUGUGGCUGUUCAGACAGUGUGCCUGGCCUCAGCUGAUAGCCUGAGCCAUCAGAGACAUCUCAUUUUUGAUGGAAAUACAUUUGGGAGACAGAAGAAAUGAACUGAUAGGGCCUUUUUUAACAGUGUUGGUGUCACCAUUGAAGCUGCUGAUCUGCUCACAUAGUCUUUGAUAUAUUUUACUCCUUCAGUGUGAGUUCAGAUGUGUUUAUUUCUGUUUCUGAUGUUGAGCAUGUAUUUUAUCUAAAUGUUUCUAUUUUUAAAUUUAUUUACCGAAUAAAUACCCCAGGUGUGAAAA